UCGGAUCUGGUGUGUGGAGGGAGCAGCUCAAUCCCCGAGGAGCCCAGAUGGUGCGGUGGCUGUACCUGUCCGGGCUGGUGCUCGCCGUGCUCAUCCCGGCCGGAGGGCAGCUGGCUCCCAAGGACUUGGAGGAGCUGUCCAGAUGGAAGUUGUUGGGACCCCAGAACUCCCAGAGCUUCCUGUCCCACAUCAAGCGGCACUCGGAGGGGACCUUCACGAGCGACUUCACGCGGUACCUGGACAGGAUGAAGGCCAAGGACUUCGUGCAUUGGCUCAUCAACACAAAGAGGUACAAUUAACAGCGAAUCCAGGCAGCAGCUUUCCAGCCAUGUCCACGUGGGAAGGUUGGGCCUCUCCUUGCCCGCCGGGAUUGGAGCUCCAGGGGAAGGAUUCACCCAUCAUCUGAAGCUCCCAGACCCAGCCCAGGCUCCCUGGGAGCUCCAGGGGAAGGAUUCACAGCUCCUGGACCCAGCCCGGGCUC